GCUCUUAACCUCGCGCGCGAGCUAUUUUGCCAUGGUACUGCGGAUUCGUUUAGCUCUUCAUGGCUGUAAGAAUAGACCGUUUUACCACAUCGUUGUUGCCAACAAGAAGUGGAAACGAGAUGGCAAACAUUUUGAACAGGUUGGCUCAUACGAUCCGAUGCCAAAUGAACGAAAUGAGAAGCUCGUUGCAUUAAAACUAGAUAGAAUUCGAUAUUGGCUUGGUACUGGAGCUCAACCAACCAACAGAGUUGCACAACUACUUGGAAUUGCUGGCAUUCUGCCAGUUCAUCCUCGAAGUUAUCUGGAAGCUACGAGAAACAGAGAAGCCAGGCAGGAAGAUUUUCAGGAGAUAUUCAAAAACGGCCAGGAGUAAAAGCGAUUAUUCACAUUCACUGGUACAAUCUAGAAAUGAUUCAUUGUAGUACCGAUAUCUUAAAGAUGUCAGGGGUUUGUGACAUGCUUAUAGAUCUGGAUUAUUCCUGUAUUUUUGGUACACCAUUAGAAAUUUAAGUGUUGAGAUAAUAGAUUACCCAGGAGAGAAUUGUUGUAAG